UUCAGGAAGCGAUCGACGGUACACCGAGGAAUCCCCAAUGUACCACUCCCAGGUGUUGACAGUUCAAGUGCGUGAACCCGUUCGCGACAAGGAACGUAACGUCGGAAGCGUCAGUCCGGUCCGUUCUCUAGUUGCUGUUGCUGCUGAUGUUGCUGCCAAUAAAAAGUUAUCAUAAACCAUCGUGCCGCUGCCCAGGAGGGGCUCAAAUUCACCCUUUUUCCCCCCUUUUUAAACCGGAAGUGGAAUACCGUCCUGCUCACGUGGUGAUUCGUGCGUGCGAGUGAGUUUUUUUUCGAAGAGGACCGCACGCGUUUUAUAACCCUCCGCUCAAAUCAACUGUUUUAACCUUCGGAAACAUUGGUAAAUCGGUGCACGGACGGCACACCGGGCAGAGGGCAGAAGGGAGGCGCUGGGUUGGAUGCGUGAGGAACGAUUUUCCGAUCCGUGCCCGGAGUGAUUGAUGAGUUUUCACUCAACUUCUUCUUCUGCUUCUGCUUCUCCUUCUGCUCCUGCCAUAACGCGUCAAAUUGUGCGGAAAGUCUUGGCGGCCACCGAACCGUGGCCUGUGGACGGGAUUGACCGGGGUUUGCUCGUCGAUUCAACCACUCCCCCCUCGCUUCGCGUUGGCAUGGAGCACCGUGUGGCCGAGUUACGACCACCAGGGCACGGUCAUGGAUUAUUCACGCUUCGCGCCGUUAUGUCUCCGAGUGUUAUACGACUUAUGAAAGAAUAAAAAUGCGAAAAUAGCCCUUCCUGUUUGUGGCAGUACAGCUGAGUGGUGGUCGUGGUGACUGCUUCUGUGAGUCAGUGAGGAGCGAAAGAGGCAGAGAGAGAGAUACCUUUCAAAGCGAGGGCAAACUUCCUGGAAAUUGCCUUCCCCGUCAAGUGAAAGUGUUGGCGAAUCGUGUUUGACCGUGCGUGGUGUGUGCGAUAGGGGCCAGGAAGGGAAGGGAGGAAAUUCCACGGGAGUAAAAGUGUUAAACGAGGUGCUUGAAUGAGGUGAACGUGUAUGCAUCAUAAAUUAAAGUUAACUUCCGCGGUAUUACGGUUGGCUUUCGACAUUCUCUGACACUCUCGAACCUGCGGAUCGGUUGAGAUAUUGGCCAGAGGGCCCCAUCGCAACCCCAUCGGAGCCGACCGACCACCCAUCAUCACUCCCGGGAAUAUACAUAAAAAAAGAAGAGAGGGGAAACGCCACUCGGGGGAGGAGGAGGAUGCUGCACCGCAUAAAACGGUGUGCCCCAAUGUCGGAACGAAUUUGUGGCUGAAAUAUUGCUUCCGGGAGCGUAGAGUUGCUGCUGACGGAACAAGGGGAACGGGUCCAUUGAUGAUUCGUGGGGUGAAUCCGCACAGUGGUUCGUGUUUUUUUUACAUGUGGCCCUUCUGCUUUCCAUCACGGGAAAGGGAAUUAACUGCAGCGGAUAGUGGGUUGUUGGUGUGGUGUGUGCUCGAAAUGUGUGAUUCGAUCCGGUAACUGGUGCAAAGGAUUAACACAAUAUGGAUACCAGAGCGUUGCACCUGACGGUCGUUGGGCUUCUCGUGGCCCUGUGCGUUACGGUGGCAGGAGAUGAUUUAGGACUGCUCUCCAGUACGUUACGUGCAUUCCGUACUUUUUGCUGCGACGAUGAACUCCUGACACUGUCCUGUCCGAUCGGUACCAGCAUCUCCGUGGAGCUGGUGCAGUAUGGUGGUAGCAAAGAAGCCAACGAUACUAUCCAGUGUCCGUACAGCAGCGAGCAGGACUACGGACGGUACUAUGCAGCCGCAUCGACAGCAGCAUCACCUGCCGUUCCCUUGGUAACACUGGACUUCACGACACCGCCGAGAACGAACGUGUCAACGACGUCCACCCUAGCGACGGCCAACAAUACAACGAUGACGACGACUACGACGACGAUGACGACGACCACCACCAGCAUCUCCAUGGCUGGUGGUGCUGAGUUGGUGGCCGCAACCCUGAAUGACACACCAGCCCUGGCAGGCACCACCACCAUGAUGGCAACAAGCACGGUCGACAAGUGCACUCCGCUCUACGUCCUGCAGUACUCAAUCCUGCAGACGGUGGUUGAGGCGUGCCAGAAGAAGCGCCGGUGCCGGAUACAGGCGGCACCGAAGAACUUUGCCACCGCUCCCUGCCCCGGUAUCCACCGGCUGGUGGAGGUCAAUCACAAAUGCCGGCCAUUCGAGUUUCGCAGCUUGACCUCUUGCGAGAAGGACAUUGUGCGGUUGGCGUGCGGUCAGUACACCCGGAUAGCGAUCUACAGUGCCGCGUACGGACGGACGGCCUACGAGAGCACUCACUGUGCACAAUCGGCCGCUUCUCAAGAGCAGACCUGCCUUUCGGAACACACGAGCCACACACUGACGGAGAUCUGCCAGGGACGGCGCAAGUGUACGGUGGCGGUGGAAAGCUCAACAUUCGGCAAUCCGUGCCCGGAGAGUACCCGAGUGUACCUGAAGGUGAUCUAUGCUUGCGUCUCUAGGAACGUGUUCCGGGAACGGUACAUCACGGCACCGGAGGAUGACGAGCUGGACGAGCGACCGUACGAGUCGAACGAGCUGUACGACGAGGAGCUGACACCGGCCCCGAACCAGAUCGAGGGUUCCGCCAUCGGUAAAGGUCCGGGACCCGGUGGUGGUGGUGGACCGCACCAGCACCACAAGUAUUCGGCCAGCGGUGAGUCCUCGGUCAAGGCGGAAAACAUUGUCACCUUCAACAAAGAAGCGAUUGGUGGCGAUACUGGUGGUGGUUCUGCCGGUCUACUGGCCGAUGGUCAGCUGCUCAUCGUCGGUGUCGCGGUUCUGUUCUUCUGCUGCCUGUGUCUGUCGUUCGGGGCGCUGCUGGCGUACAAGAUGAAGCUGUUUCCGGCGCGGCGUGGCAACCGGUGCGUAAAGGCCUCGGACUCCACGGACAGCCACUCGACGCCCUCCAGUUACCGGCCGACGAGCGAGGACUUUGAUCUGGUCGACUGUGGACCGGAUUCCGGGCUCGUCCGUACGUCCGAGAAGUUGCCCGAGCCACCAAAGGCAACGCAAACGUUCGUCCAACCGCCUGUCAUCACCACGGCAACGGCAGCGGCGACAUCGACGACGGCAUCCGGUCCACCGCCCAUCACCACCUCCAGCCUACUGCCAGCGUUCAAGUUCGCCGAAAUGGUGCCAACGCGUGGUGCACAUCUGUCGCAGAUCUCCACCACCAUGUUCAUCCUGCCGAACUAUCUGAUGGCCGAUACACCGAUGGCCGGCGGUACCCUGUCCCACCGGCGUCCACCACGAUCGUUGCCACGGGGUCCGCUCGAUGAUUCGCUUGCCACCUGUGUCCGUGCACUUCCGCCACCACCACCACCAUCAACCGUUGGAGGUGAGAAGCAACUCACCAUAACGCUCGCCUCGAGCGAUCUCGCUAGCGGUAACCAGCAUCAGCUUCCUCCGGGACCGGUACCACCACUGGCAGCAACCAAUCCAUCCCAGGCCACCUUCUAUACACACCCCCAGCACUCACAGCACCAUCAUCACCCAUCGACCUCCUGUACCCAGUGCACGGUACUCGGUUGGGCGCCAAUCCCACCGAAGGGCACUGGGACGGUGGCGCUCUACGGUGGCCCCACACCGUCCCACCCCUUGAUGCCACCAGCGUCACUGGAACAUUCCGUGCAGCAGCAGCAUCAUCCCCCACUGCAACAGUAUCAUCGCAAUCAAUCAUUAAAAUCGUCCUCGAGCGAUGUGGUGGAUGGCCAUCCACAUUCGACGAAGGCGCAGACCAUCGGCGACCAGGUGGACCGUGGUGGGCCGGGGAAACCGGGGGUGGAUGGCAGUCGCAGCGGCACCCUUACCGAGUCGCAUUCUUUUUUAUGGCUGGGCUUGAAGAUCGGGCUGAUGUAAAGCUGUAGGGUAAAGCUGUCAAGAUCGACCUGCUCGAUAAUUCAUCGCGCAGCCUUUUAAACUCAUUCGCUGUAUCUGUGCUCGUGUCCAUGCGUGUGUGCGCGUGCGCUUGGUAGGCAAUCAUGGUGCGGCCCAUUUACAAUCCUGUUCCUGUUGCCGGCCUGCCAGCUCACCGUGUCAAAAGGCGACACGAUGUGUGGUAGUGCCGGGGAAGUAUCGAGGAUUUUGGUUUCCGUUUUUUUCCGUUUCCCAUUUCCCAUUCCCUAGUAGCAGCAGCUGUACAUAUAAAUCCUAUACCGGGAGCACCACACCGUGGCACGAGGCCUGUGAGCCGACAACAGACAGCCACUGCUUGACAGCUUUACCCGACAGCCACUACCCUGCGUGACAACUUUAUCGACAAUUUGUCGAAAUGAAACGGAACGGCGUGACCGUGUUUGGAGCAGAUAAGGUAAAUGAUAAAAAGGCUGGGGCGGUAGGAAAUAGUAUCAACGAGAGAGCGAGAGAGAGAGAAAAAAGUUGCAAAAUCCCGCCAUGGACGUCACAUUUACGGACGGUUGAGUUCGCGCAAUUGCGAAUCGCGCAAAUCACGGCUCUAGUCGUCAACCACCAUUCCACCAUUUUAAGGACGGAACAGGCCACGUGGGAACUGGAGAGGCAAGUAAAAAAAGUAUAAAAAAAAUCUUCACGUCGAGACGCUCUCCAGUGUGGAGAAGUCGCGCGCAGGUACUUACGAUAGGAACGGCGGCCACACGGCGAGAUCGUUACCGUAAAGUGAAGCUCUAUCAUAUAGAGCAGCGUGCAGACGGCACGGCUCCCUAUCAACCGGAAAAGCAUGAAAACCGAAUUUGAUUGCCGAUCCCUAGAGAGAGAGCGCGAGAGAGGUCCCAGGGUCCCAGGCUCCCAGGAGCCCAGGCUACAUCAAACCAAAACGUUUGUUUGCGGACGGGUUCCAUCCAUGGCCAGGCAGCAUGUUUUAGAACAAUUUUGUACAUUCAUCGUUAGUA